AGUCAGUCAGUCACUCACAUCCAGUAUGAGCAUCACAAACUACUGGGUUGUGGAUUAUGAGCUGUCCUCUCCUGCGCCGCCUGAGUUCCCCAGGAGCCCCACUGUGGUGCAGCCUGAGGUGGGACACGCUGAGCAUGGGACAGCCCUGUGCUUCAUGGGCCUCCUGCUCCUCCUGCUCCUCUUUCUCCUUGUUCGCUGCAUCCGCAUCUUAUUGGACCCUUACAGCAGCAUGCCCGCAUCAUCGUGGACAGACCAUAAGGAGAGACUGGACGGGGGACAGUUCGAUUAUGUGGUGGUGUAAACGCUGGCUGAAGACAGAGGUGAAUGUAGGGUUGAUU